AUGGACGGAUCGGGCUCGCGGGGCAAGUGGAUGGCGUCCUCCGUCACAGAGAGGAACAUCAAGGAACUUCGUGAAGCGGGGUACUUGGCUGCGAACAUCGUGCACCGGCUUCCUACCAAAAAGCAGAUCACCCCUACUCCGGAGCCCAAUGAGAGGAUAGUAGCCCCUGAGACUCUGUUCGGUUCUUUGAAGAAGGGCCGAACAGAGGAUCGAAUAUUCACCGGAGAUAACAUACUUGUCUAUUUUGAUGAACGGGCUUCAUUGUUAGCGGAAGUUGCCCAGGCCGCUGAGGUUUCCGAACUCAAGCGGAAGCUAAAGCUCGCUGAUGAUGAGAUUGAAUGCGCUAACGAGCGGUUUGAUGAGCAACAAGGCAACACGCCCGAGGUCGAGACCCUCAAGAGUGCCCUUGCCGAAGCCAAGGAGCAGGCGCGGAGUAUAUUUGGAGGUCGAAGAUAUCCUUUGCUAAAUCGACUAUGGAGUGCUCCAGACGCUUUUGCGGAUCUCCCGAGGAGGGCUACCGACGUCGCACAGUAUUUCUGGGCCCAACAAGGGAAUACGACGGAGAAGCUCUUCUGGUCGCAGUACCUGGCGCCGGAGCGGCCAACUCUGCUAAACAACCAGAUGAAGCAGCCGGCGGAGCUGCACGGGAUGUCUGGCUUGGCCAUGAAGGAUAUCAUAGUCUGGCUAUGGCCGGCCGGACCUAUUCCUAGUAGCUACUUCGGCCUGGUCAAGCGGCUCGGCGACGCCCUGCCCCGCAUUGACGCUGUGAAGCGCUCGGUGUGCAUAGAAGAUGGUGCCAUGGGCAUCGAGGCUAUUUUACAUGCCAAGGACAAGGGAAAGUUGCAAAAAAAAUUUAAAUUAAGAGGCCUUAAUCAAGGGCGAUACCGAUAUGGAUGCGCACCUGCCCCUUCCUCAAAGCCCAGAACCCCAGACCGGACCACCAACCCCACCGCCACCGCCAUGGCCGGCGGCGAGCAGCUCCUAGUCCAAGAGUCCGCUGUCCCAGUCAUCUCCAGCGGCGCCGACUCGUCAACCCCGGCCGUUCGACUGGCCCACUUCCUCCACCCCCGCGCGGGCGCCGGCCAGCGCCCCCCUCUACCCCCUCCGCCCCGCAACGCCGGCCCUAUUCUCACCGACGGGCUCCAGGUCGAGUUCAAGGGCUGGGCGGAAGCUCCAAAUCUGUGGACGCGGUGGGUGGCCAAGCUCCGCCCGCGGUGCGAGCCCCUGUGGCGGAAGCUUGGGAUCCAGGACGCCGUCCUCGCGACCACCUACCGGGUGCGGCGCGACGAGCGCGCGAUGCUCCAGCUCGCCGCCAUCUGGUCCGCCGAGACCAACACGUUCGUGUUCCCCUGGGGCGAGGCGACGGUGACGCUGGAGGACGUGGCCGUGCUCGGGGGGCUGCCCUUGCUCGGCAGGCCCGUGCGCGCGCCGCCGAAGGGCGCGCUUCGCGAGGAUGUGGAGGCGCUCGAGGGCGUUCGCCGCGCGCUCUACCAGAGCGACAGCCAGAGACCGGACCACUCCGCGUGGGCGAUGCCGUUCCUUGAGCCCCCGGCAGGAGAGGGGCCCGCCGCGGGCGACGGCGGAGCCACCGGGUUACUGGAGCACGGGGCGUUCCUGGCCAUGUGGCUGUCGCUCUUCGUGCUGCCGGCGCCGCCGUUCGACGUGGUCCGGGCAGAGGUGCUCCCCGUCGCCGCCCGGCUGGCGCGCGGCGGCUGCGUGGCGCUCGGACCCGCCGCUCUCGCCAGCAUCUACAGCGACCUCUCCGCGCUGAACCGCUACAUCAAUCUGGACAAGAGAUACCAGCCGUUCGUGGGGUGGGCGCCGCUGCACAUCCUCCAGCUCUGGGUCUUGGCCAGGUUCCCGGAGCUUCGCCCUGAAAUGGCGACCACUCUCGACCCCGUCGCCCGUCACCAGCCUUGGGCCGCCCGGUGGCACCAAGUCCACAAGGGAAUUGACCCCAUAAAUCUUCACAGAGUGUUCAUGUUGCCAAUGGAGUUUGAGUGGAGGCCCUAUGGAAGCUUCACCUUUGCUCCGUCUCCCAGGAAGAGUUGCUCUUGGGUUCAUGGCCGGGACAUGGCAAGAAGUCUACAACUGCUAUCCUUUGCACAGUGUCUGCGUGCUUGCGAGCUUGUAGGCAUGCGCUGCAUUGAGCAGUACAAUCCUCAUCGUGUUGCAAGGCAGCUUGGCUUCGAUCAGGACGUGCCUGGGUCUGUUGCCCGUGUUAACUCAGACUGGAAGAUUGCUUGGGGAACAUACUUUAUGGAGCCUAGCAAUUUCGCCUUCAUCGUUCCGCAGUAUACGCUGGCUGUGACGUUUGAGUACACACGAUGGUGGAGGCCGUACGCUUCUGGGUGUGAUACUGCCAUUGAUAACAACGUAAAUCCGAAAGAAUUUCCUGUUUUGGUUGGCCCAAGGGACAAAAACAUGGAGGUGCUUCAUGAUGAUAAUUCGGGCAAGAAGCAGCAUGUGCUCCCAGGGAUGUCUCGGCCAGAUACUUUUGAGGGUACCCUGGAACAUCUUGUGGAAGUUGCCCGGUCAGCACAAAUUGCGGAUAGUUUGACCCUGAGAUGUGUAAGAAAGGGCACACAAACUAAAAAUGUGAAACAAGCUUCACCUGAUGUCUUCGCUAAACAGAAUAGCAGCUCAGAACAUGGUGAAGUAGCUCCCCGUCACCUUGUCAAGCGAGCAGUAAGCACAACCAACAGAAAAGCUAUUGGGGCAACUGUAGGUCAUGUGCAGCCCAGUCUUGAAGACAUCGUGGUGAUGCUUGAUGAAGAGUUCGACGAAUCAGUGGGCAAGGAACAUGAGGUGGGUGCAACUGUAGGUCAUGCGCAGCCAAGUCUUGAGGACGUCAUUGUGAUCAGUGAUGAAGAGUUUGACGAAUCAGUGGGCAAGGAACAUGGGGUGGGUGCAAUGCCGAGGGAAGGUAAUGAAAAAGCUAAUGAAGAUGCAUCAGCAUCAAACCAACAAUCAGAUACCCUUAUGGAAGACUGCACAGUGGUCAACAGGAAGAGCUCAGGAAAUAAUAAGAUGUAUUCUUGCAAUCCAGUAGAUGCAAAUCCUGAACUGGUCGAGAGGGUUUCAACUAAAACACUUUACUAUCUUAGACCAAUUGGGCCCGUGAAAGAUGCUCAGGAAAGAGAUGCAACUGGAACGAAUACGGAUCAAGGAGCUUACCUACCAAGACGUGAAGUUGGGACGAGGGAAAUGAUUGAGGAGGCUUCUGCUGCUCGAGAAGCUGAAAAGGUUGUGUUGCAAAAAGUAAUUGAUUCUCUGAAGGAAGAGAUUGCAGCAGCACAGGCCCUUGGGGCCUUGAGGGAUGGAAGCCCCUCAAAAACCUGAGGCGUGACUUCACUUGGUACAGGUUUGUUGCUAGACUUCGGUAUCAGCUAUAAGCUGAUCUUCUUGGCCUUUAGAUUAACUUUGGUUCCUUGGGCCCUUCAUCGUAGUCUGUCCAUGUGGUGAAACCGACAUUUACGCGUCCGGGGAGAGAGGGAGGGAGGAUGGAUGAAUGCUCCAAGGCUGGCAAAGGAGGAACAUGACUAUCUACGAGGCAACGCUUGCAGACAUUAAGCAUCGGUCGGCACCUCUUGAUGUGUGCGGUCGUCUCGUGCGUUUAGCGCUGCCCACAUGACACAGUGAAGUUCAUAUGAUUCAUGUGGUUGUGUCUCAGAACCGAAUAUACUCGCAGGCUACUGAUACAAAGAUGGUUUUCUUCCUGCAGCGACGGAAGGACCAAUGACCAGAUCCAGAGGUUGAAAUUAGGGGAUGCACAAAGGAGAGUUAAUUCUGAGAGAAAUUAACAGUAGUGGUAGAUGAUAAUGUUAUCUGUAGUUCUGUGAUCUGCUUGAUAGCUUUAAUGAAGAGCUGGCCCUGUUUGGCUGUCUGCCUUUCAUGCAUGAGAAAUCAAGUGCUCUAUGCUGAGAAGGAAACUGUCGACGGAUAUAAGAACAGCUUAUGCCUAAAAACUGCAAGUUAGUAAGCUAGGCGCAUGUGUUUUUGAUAUUAUUAUGAUACUAUGAUUGCUUAGACCAGCUUACUAAUAAUUUACCUGAUCGUUCUGUUGUAUUUGUGAAAUUCUCCUUUAGUCCAUAUUUAUUACUAGUUUUGUUUUCAAUUGUGAGUCUUUUUCCAA